AUGAUCACAAUUUUUGGAAUGCAUCGAGAAUGGCGUUCUUUAAUGGAUAGAGCAAUUACUUUUUGGAUGUUAAUUCCUCUAUUUUUUCUACAUUUUAUUUUUCGAGUUAAAGUUAAAGCUAUUGGGGAUGAAAUACGUUUAGAUGAACCUUCUAUAUUAAUUUUAAAUCAUAGAACAAGGCUGGAUUGGUUCUAUUUUUGGUUAGUUCUGUGGAGAAUGAAUCCGUAA